UGCGCAUAGUAAGUAAUGGAGGACGUUCUCUCUCGUCUGAAAGUCCCGAAAUCUGCAAUAAUACUGCAAUAUUAUUAAAAAACGGGAAACCUACUGACACGAACGGAGAAUUUUAGUCAACAGCAAGCAGAAAGACAGUAAAAUCCUGGAAGGAUGGCUUCUGACUCAGCAUGUCAAAAUCCCAGCUGUCGGAUAAUGACCUUUUAUCCCACAAGGGAGGAGUUUCAGAAUUUCAGCCGCUAUAUUGCCUACAUUGAGUCUCAAGGGGCUCACAGAGCAGGGCUGGCUAAGAUUGUCCCUCCAAAAGACUGGAAACCCCGGAGGUGCUAUGAUGGCAUCGAUGAGCUGGUGAUCCCAGCUCCAAUCCAGCAGGUGGUCACUGGGCAGUCGGGUCUCUUCACCCAGUACAACAUCCAGAAGAAGCCAAUGACUUUGCGAGAGUUUCGCAAGAUUGCAAACAGUGACAAGUUCUGCAAUCCACAUUAUGCUGAUUUUGAGGAGCUUGAAAGGAAAUACUGGAAGAACCUCACAUUCAAUCCACCCAUUUAUGGCGCAGAUGUAAAUGGGACGCUCUAUGAUCCAGACAUCACAGAGUGGAACAUUGGCCAUCUAAAUACGAUCCUGGAUACGGUGGAGUUAGAGAGCGGAAUUACUAUAGAGGGUGUAAACACACCAUACCUGUACUUUGGGAUGUGGAAGACUACAUUUGCAUGGCACAUUGAGGACAUGGACCUGUACAGCAUUAACUACCUGCACUUUGGAGAGCCUAAAUCCUGGUAUUGUGUUCCUCCCGAACAUGGGAAGCGACUGGAGAGACUGGCAAAAGGAUUUUUCCCAGGGAGUGCCCAGAACUGUGAGGCCUUCCUUCGACACAAAAUGACCCUGAUCUCCCCAUCUAUCUUGAAGAAGUAUGGCAUUCCCUUUGACAAGAUUACUCAGGAAGCUGGGGAGUUCAUGAUCACAUUUCCCUAUGGGUAUCAUGCUGGUUUCAACCAUGGCUUCAACUGUGCUGAGUCAACAAAUUUUGCAACCCGACGUUGGAUUGAGUAUGGGAAGCAGGCAACACUGUGCUCCUGCCGGAAGGACAUGGUGAAGAUCUCUAUGGAUGUGUUUGUGCAGAAGUUCCAGCCUGAUCGCUACAAGCAGUGGAAAGCUGGGAAAGACAAUGCUGCCAUUGACCACUCCCAGCCAACUCCAGAGGCAGCCGAAUUUCUAAAGGAAGGAAACGGGGAUAGUGAAACAGAGACGAACUCCAGUUUAGGCAGCACUGAUAAAAGUGAGGCUACAGUAAACAACAAAAAGAGCCUCAUCAAGCAUAGAAUUGGGACUAAAAGACAUCGUGUGUGUUUGGAGGUCCCUGAAGAGGUCCUCCCAAAGGAAGAAUUGCAUUAUGAAGUGGAAGUCUGUGAGGAAGAAGCAAUAUCCACCCAGCAGGAUUACCAGCAAGGAAUGGACUGCACUGAGGAACUUAGCACUGACGAACUUGGCCAUCACGAUUCUCUCUUGCCAGCUAAGGUGGAAGAGCUGCAGCCAGUGAAAUGCGAAACUGUGGGAGAGGUGGUUCUAGGCCGGGCUGUGAGUCCCACCCCUCUGAUUGAGUGCUCUUCGCAUGAAGUGGAAAACCCCACUGUUCCUGAUAGUGAAACUUCCCCUGCCCAUGAUGACGUUAACCUACUUCCAGAAAGCCAGAAACACAUUGUAAAUAGCCACAUCUCCAAGGUAGUUGACCCCACCUCCAGACCUCAAAGCCCUGUUGUCGCUGGAACAAGUGGGGAUUCUCUCGUUGGUGGAGCUCCCCCAUGCCUACCGAGAUCAGGGGCAGCCUGUCUUGUUCUGAGCAAGACCCUGAGCCCAGCUGAAGUGCUGCAUGUUCACAGCUACGCUAAGGGGAGCUACAGUGAAGCAGGAGCUGGCAGUCCGUCAGAGAGGAAGGUCAACACUGUGAUUAGUGGCAAGGAACAAGAUGAUGCACAGAUGGCUGAAGAGGACAAAGACUCUGUGAAGAACCUGAAGAAUAAAUGGCAGCCUCUGGACAAACUACCACGUCACCACCCUUUAGUUAAAGACUGUUUCAGUGAUGAAGAAAUGCAAGAGCAGAUCCAUUUGGAUGAGGACACUGCUGAGACUGAACAGUGGGCAAAGUCUCUUACUAACCUUUGGCAAACCCGGCCCCAUAACCUACAGGCAGAGCGGGAGUACAAUCGCAACAUGGGUUUGGAACCUCCUUACUGUGCAGUCUGCAUGCUGUUCCAGACAUACCAGCAGUCGGAGUAUAAUGGCAAUAACCAAAGCACUAUGAUGGACUCUGAGGGUAGGCUCAGGACAAAGCCCCUUAUCCCUGAAAUGUGUUUCUCUACAAAUGAGGUCAGCAGUGACCUAAACUUCUCUGCCCCCUACCUGGAGGAAGAUGGUACCAGCUUGCUUAUCACCUGUUCCAACUGCUGCGUCCGGGUCCACACCAGUUGUUACGGUGUUGCUCCUGAGAAAGUGUCUGAUGACUGGAAGUGUUCCCGAUGUGAAGCAAAUGCCAUGACGGAGAGUUGCUGUUUAUGUUCACUGAGAGGAGGGGCACUGCAGAGAGCCAACAAUGACAAAUGGGUACAUGUACUCUGUGCAGUGGCAGUGUUGGAAGCACGGUUUGUGAACCUUGCAGAACGCAGUCCUGUGGAUCUCAGUGGGAUACCCUUGCAGAGGUUUAAAUUGAAAUGCUUUUACUGCAAAAAGCGGAUGAAAAGGACUGCAGGAUGCUGUGUGCAGUGCUCGCAUGGUCGCUGCCCCACCUCCUUUCAUGCUACCUGCGCACAAGCAGCAGGAGUCCUCAUGCAGUCUGAUGAUUGGCCCUUCGUUGUGUUCAUUACCUGCUUCCGCCACAAAGGGCCUAUUCAUACGGAGCGCAAUAAGGCAGCCCUGCGUGAGCUCUCCGUGGGACAGAAGGUGAUCUGUAAACACAAAAAUGGGCGAUACUACCAGAGUGAGGUGGUGAGUCUCACCAAAGAAACCUUUUACGAGGUGAACUUCGAUGAUGGUUCCUUCAGCGACAACCUCUUUCCAGAGGACAUUGUGAGCCGAGACUGCCAGCAGCUGGGGCCCCCUGCGGAAUCCGAAGUUGUGCAGGUGCGAUGGACUGAUGGGCUGGUUUAUGGAGCUAAGUUUGUGGCAGCACAUGUUGUCCAGAUGUAUCAGGUAGAGUUUGAGGAUGGAUCGCAGCUCUCUGCCAAGAGGGAUGAUGUUUACACCCUCGACGAAGAGCUACCAAAGCGUGUUAAAACAAGACUGUCAGUUGCAUCAGACAUGCGCUUUGGGAUCUUCACAGAGAAAGAGGUGAAACAGGAGACCAAACGGCAACGUGUUAUAAACUCCAAGUACCGGGGAGACUACAUCGAGCCAGUAGUGUACCGUGCCAUCAUGGAGUAAUUGCUUUUCUGUCCUCUAACCAAAAAAACUAUUGCCACAGACUGGGGGGACCUACAAACAAUAGAGGACCCGCUAAAAAUUAAAUUAUUGAGUGAAUUUGUCUUGAAAUCCUGAAUAUUUUUUUUUAUUUCAUUUUUUUUUAAUAUAUGUUGAGCUGAACAAAAAAAAAUCUUGAACGUUUUGGAGUAAGAGUACAGUGCCCUUGGCUUGCAUUAAUGCACCCUAUAACUUCUGCAUCACGGUCAUGAGGUCCUCAUUUCAUUUUCACAGCAGACCACUGUCUAAGUUUGCAGUGACAUGAGUUGCCCAACUUCUUUUUUUUUUGUUCAUAGUUUAGUUUAUUUCUGGCAGCUGCCACACGAAUAUCAGAUUCCUGUGCAAAGUGAACAAUUUGGAGUUUCAGUUUCACGGUGGAACAGACGGAGUGGAGUGUCAAAUAGAAAGAUGCAUUUUGAAAACUUGUUACACACAAAUUAGUGGCCCAGGUUUUUUGACUGUUGAAACAAGAUGUUGCCUCUUAAUUGGAGAAUUGCAAAAUGUUACAAACGCGCAGUAGAAUUUUGCAGGACGAUGCUAAAAAACAGAAGUGCCAUUUAAAAAAAAAGAAACAAAAACUUGGUAAGCUGCUUUUCCAUGCAUUUCAACUGUUCUAUGCCAUUGUAUUUAAGCAGUGGUAUUAGGUUUUUUUUUUUUGUUUUUUUUUUUACUUGUACAAAGUGCAAGCCAGUAGUAGAAACCUGGUAUAUUUACCAAAUUUACUUUUUAUAGAAUGUAUUGUUUUAUAAGCAAAUUCUGUUCCAAUGUCUUUAUUUGCUAGAGGUGUUUUACUGUUUGUUUUUUUUUGUUUUUUUUGCUUUUUUUAAAAAAUUUUUAGCACUACUACUUAAUUUGUUGUAUUUUUAUUUUUUACUUUAAAUCUGUUACCUUAAGGCUCAUUUGUACAUGUAAAGCAUCCAGCUGUCCUUUGAUCUUCAAUUUGAAAGAGCUUCUUACAAUUACGAAACCAUGAGGUGUGUGUAUAUAUAUAUAUAUAUAUAUAU